GCUUCCGUAGCGAGCUGCUUCCCGGAGGAGGAGCAGGAUGGACGUUCUGCGGCCCACCCUGAUCAGGAUCGGGGGGCGCGUAUACAGGAAGAAUUUCAUUCAAGAGCAGGCCUACCAGCACGAGGAGGAGGAGGAUUUCUGUGCAGGCCCCGGUGACUGUGCAGAUGAACCCUGUGAUGCCUUUGUGGUGGAAGAGACUGAGAAAGGCUUCCAGUGCAGAGUGGAGGUUCCCAGCCCAUUAUACAAGUACAUCAUUGGGAAGAAAGGGGAAACCAAGAAGAGGCUAGAAACAGAGACUCGAACCUCCAUCAGCAUUCCCAAGCCUGGAGUGGAAGGAGAAAUUGUGAUUACAGGGCAGCAUCGCAGCGGUGUCAUCUCUGCCCGAACGCGGAUCGAUGUUCUCCUGGACAGCUUCCGUAAGAAGCAGCCCUUCACACACUUCCUGUCCUUCGCUCUCAACCAGCCUGCCAUCCAGGAGAAGUUCCUGCAGUUCAAGGAGGAAGUGUUGGAGAAAUGCUCAAAGGAUCACGGGGUCAGCAGCAGCCUGUUCCAGAACCCUGCAAAGCUUCACCUGACUCUUGGGACGCUGGUACUUCUGAACGAGCAAGAGAUCCAGAAGGCGUGUGACCUCCUACAGCGAUGCAAAGAGGACUUUGUGGACCAAAUUGCUGGAGGCAAACCCCUGACCGUGGAGGUGGCAGGAGUGGAGUACAUGAACGAUGACCCUGCCAUGACGGACGUCCUUUAUGCCAAAGUCCAUAUGAAGGACGGCUCGGACAGAUUGCAGGUGAUCGCUGAUCAACUGGUGGAGCGGUUUGUGGCCUCUGGCCUGAUGCUUAAAGAGUGGGAUAGGGUGAAACUGCAUGCUACAGUCAUGAACACUCUCUUCAGGAAAGAUCCAAGUGCUGAAGAGCGAAACAAUACAAUGACUGGUAAAUCAUCUUUCAAGGAACGGGAGUCGUUUAAUGGCCGAAAUAUCCUCAAGCUCUUCGAGAACUUCUACUUCGGAGAGGUGCAGCUGGACUCAGUGCGUCUUUCCCAGAGGUUCUCCACAGACGCCUCUGGCUACUACGCGACGUCUGGGCAGCUGACCUUCUCCUGAAGCAGCAACGCAGCUGCCGCAGAGGGUCCGCUCGUUGGUGAAAUGUGUUUUUACAGGACACGAAUUUUGAACAGGAACCCGGUAACGGCAGGCGGGGAUGCCUCGGGACUCCUCAAAAGCACAUUGCAGCUGGGAACCACGGCAUUUCCCGCAGCUUUUCCUACCCGUAUUGCCUGUUCUCCCUUCCGGGGGGGACUGGAAUCCUUCCACCUCUUUUCCCUAUUGGUAACUGAAAUGUCGCAGAGUUGCCUGUUUGAUAUCUGUUGCCUGUUUGUUUUCCAAGAAAACAACUAGAAAAACUGGUGCAGGUGGCUUCUGGGGAAUCACCGAUGUUUAAGAGUGGCUUUAUUUCAGAAGAAGGAAGUUUGUUCUUAAAAAAAGUAUUUAAAACCCAGGAGAGCUCCCCGGAGCAUGAUUUAAUGAUAUUGAGGUCAGGCAUUGCUUGGAUCUCCAGCAGCGUGCCUGUGUGAUGUAUAUCUCCAAAUAAAUUAAUU